UGCUUCACUUUAUUAUAUAUCCUACAUUAUUCAAUCUAAUCAAAGGGCUCUUGUAUUUCUUCUUGGAAAGUACGCUCCUUUAUCGAUAACCGAUUCUUCCUUGUACAUAUCUAGAUUCGCCUUGCCGUCCAUAGCUUGUUAGCCGCAGCCUCGGCUCACGUAUAUAUAAGACCUCGCCUUGGAGACAAAGGCUUUCCAGAACAACGUACGACACAACCACAUACAAAUCCGCAAGAUGGCGGACGGUCUGUGUGGUCCAUCGAAUGCUUUACAGAACAUCCAAAAGCAUAGCACCGUCGACCGCACACUUCAACAAGACCGCAUAAUCUCUCGACAAACACCAUCACAAGGCUUCCGAUCUACUGGACAAAAUGCAGGUUUCAUGGACCACGAGUUCGAAGCCUUCCAAGCUGGACAAUUGCCUCUUGAGCAUGGCUUUCAACCCAAUACCUUCCAGCAUGCGCCACCGAGUCUACAGCAAGCAGGGCCUCCGAGCUGGGCAGCAGACUUCCAAAGAAUGAAUAUUUCGAGUCCGGCGCCUCAAGUACAGCAGCAACCAUUCGGUAUGCAAGCUCAACAAAGACAAGAUACUGGUGGUUGGCAUCAAGACUUCGCUCGGCAGCAGAUGGCAGAGAGAAGCGUACAAAGUCCGUCACAUACAGCUUCACCCUUCCAAUCUCGUAUGCUUGGUAUGGGAUCUCAAUUCACCGGCACUUAUGCACAGCCAUCUCAGCUCUCGGUAGCUCAACAGAAGCAGCCCGAGGACGCGUUUGAUGAAGCAGCAUUCGAGAGAGCAUUCGACGCAGCAGCACGAGCGGAGGCGGAGGCUGAAGCUCUGCAUGAUUGUGCUCAGCAUGAGAACGCUGAGAUGGGCCAAGAAGUUAUGUUGAACGAAUCAGCCGAGGUUCUCAUGGCUUCGGAUGACCUAGAAGAGCGGGCAGAUGAACUACUAAGCCAAGAACGUAUCGGCGCGGACACCAUUCAUGACCCUCUAUUCGACGAUCGAGAUCAACCAGCAAACGAAGACCCAGAAGAACUUGCCAGAACUGCUGCGAAGCUUCUUGUCAGUGUUCAGCACGAGCAAAGCACCAAGUUCCAGAAUAGCCAAUUCCUUUCUCUGAUGCGGCAAUUUCGAGACCGAGAGAAGACAGUUGAGGGAGAUAAUGUGGUGACGAAAAAUGGAAUGGGUGGAACGGAUCAGGAUAUGAACGACGAGAGAUCUCAGGUGCAAGGACCUUGAAGCGUGUAAUUUAGCAUACCCACAUUGACGAUCGCCUAGGAGCGAAUAGUAUCAUUAUGCGAUGCUUUGGAGCAUCUGGCUCUUGAC